CACAGCCAGUGUCUUUUUAGCGCGCGACGUGACGAGUUUGGACGUUGCUGAUUGUAGAUUUUUCUUUUACACGUUUUCAAUAUAAACGCAGUAAUUAGUUAGAAGUGCCUUUGUUUAAACAUUUCAGCUCAAUAGUUGUUUCCAGUACGCUUUUAUGUACCAAAAUUUUUAUUAAUUCUCUUCCUUUGUUGAUUUCGUCGUUUGCCCCGUUGCUACAAAAUAUGGCUAAGUUAAAUACCGGGUUUAAACGGUGGAGUCUUGAUUGCCAUGACGUAUCGAUAGAAGUCAUGGAAGAUCUAGGAUUAUCUGCAAUGGACGAUGAUUCAAACUCCUGUAGCAAUCCAUCAGUAAAACAAGUAGUGAUCUCCAAUAUUCCUGAACCUGCUGUAAAGCGAAAAGAAUGUUCACCUUUUGCUGUCCCGUCAGCUGUAAUGGAUUUUUCUGAAGAUGACCAAUCUAGUGAUAGCUUUUUAUUGUCUAAACGAAUGAGGAUGGAUGGUCCCCCAGGAAUUGAUGGAUUCUCACGCCUCUCAGACGAAGUCAUUCUCAGCAUAUUUAAAUGGCUUCCAAAAUCAACUAUUGCCAAAUGUGCUCAGGUGUCAAAGCGUUGGAAACGACUGUGUUAUGAUGAAGUUUUAUGGAGGAGGUUAGACCUUAGUGGCACCUGCCUAAAACCUACAAUUCUAGGUAGUGUUCUUUUAAGAGGAGCACACAUCUUGAGGCUUGCUAAGACUGAGAUUUGUGAUCCGAUAUAUCCAGUAAGUCCUCUAACUCAAGAAUUUCCAAGGUAUCGAAAUUUGCAAUUUUUGGAUUUGAGCAUGGCAUCUAUUUCAACACAAGGUUUAUUUGAUUUAUUUGAUACUUGUAAAAACCUGAAGAAACUUAGUAUGGAACAUUGUGUUGUUGAUGAAAGAGCAUGCAAGGCACUAAGUCAAAAUGAGCAGCUUGAAGUGCUGAAUAUGUCCAUGUGUUAUGGUGUUGGAGUUAGUGAACUUAAAUGGAUUGUGAAUGGAUGUAAGAAACUUGACAGUUGGAAUUUAGCUUGGACAGACUUGAAUUCUGAAGCUCUUCAGUUGAUUAGUACAUCUGCACCAAAAUCCUUAGAACGCAUAAAUAUCAGUGGUUGUCGAACGACACUUAAAGACGAACAUGUCCUGGCCUUGUGUCAACGUUGUCCAAAGCUGGUGGAAUUAGACAUAAGCGACUCUACAGCAGUGACAUCAAUCUGUGUCAGCUAUAUUCAUGAUAAUUUAAAGCGACUGGAAUAUUUGGCGAUGGCUCGAUGUUACAACGUGCCUCUUUCCGUGUAUUUGGUGUUCCAAAAGAGUGGUCUUUUAUACCUUGACAUUUUUGGUUUAUUGACGGAGACUAUGCUUGGAACACUUCGCGCAAAACUUCCGGGUAUAGAAAUCAACAAGUUUUAUUUCUCUAGUGUAGCAAGACCUACAGUCGGAAUUCGACGUACCUCAAUUUGGGGGAUGAAAGUCAGAGAGUGAAAAUUCAAGUCAUGUUUAUUGAAAAAAUUAGUAAUACAUAUUGAUGUAUUCAAAA